AUGAAAAAUCUUCAAGACACCUUGUUGUUAUUAAACCAAAAACCGAAGCCAAGUAACAUAUCAAAGAUGACGAUUGUGAUCCACAAUGGCACUCAUACUACUAUAGCUGGAUUCAGCAAUCGCGAUUUACCACAGGUGGUGUGUCCCUCGAGCUAUUUGCAAAGGAAUGAUGGUACAUUUUUGUUUGGGUACAACGAGAUGAUGUUGGCAGAAGAAGGUGCGGUUUAUACAAUUUUGGACGAUCAGGGAGUGCCGUACAAUUGGGACGCGCUCGCAGCGCAAUGGAGAUGGAUUUUGGAAGAUCAAUUGCAAGCGAAUCCGGAAGAACAGGCGCUGGUUGUGACUGUGGCCCCUGAUAUAAGCGAGACGGCUCGCACGCAGUAUUUGAAAUUGGCGCUGGAAACUUUGAAGGUGCCAGUUUUUCAGAUGGUUCUGGAGCCGUUGGCCGUAGCCUUGUCGCUUGGCAGAAAUACGGCUCUGGUGGUCGACAUUGGGGCUGCGAAAAGUACUGUCACACCUAUCGUGGACGGUAGCGUGCUGAAAAGCGCGGUGACGCGGUCCAGGUUUGCUGGAAAUUUCUUGGACUUUCAGGUGAACGAGCUGGUAAGUGCUAAAAGAGAUGCUUCCGAGUCGUCGACUGUAUCAUCAUUAGACGUUUGGCGCGACUCAGCGUCAUGGAUCAAGGAUUUCAAAGCUUACAUGCUACAAGUAUCGCCAUCAAAGCUCCAGGAACUCGAAGCCAUGAAUUUGGACGUCAUGGGCAUGAACUACAUCAGAAAUUUCCUUUACAAAAAACGGCAAACUCUGUCCUUUACGCAAAAGGAAUGUUGUCAAGUUGCAGAGUACCUUUUCCAACCGCAUUUAGCUUCGUCGCACUACCCGCCAGGCGAAGGUUUAACGGAAAUUGUGGGAACUGCUGUGAAAAAAGCCGGUGCUUCCUCUAGCAUGGGCUCGUCAACGUCAACAAAUGUGGUGUCGCCAGAGCAAAUUCACAACACGUUGCUGACCAAUAUUGUGAUAACAGGAUCCACUUCGUUACUUCCCGGCCUAGAGCAACGUGUUGUUAAUGAGCUCAGGUACCAAUUCCCGCAAUACAAGUUGUCUUCGUUUGCCAAUCCCUUGGUUCUGGACAGGAAGCUUCAGAGUUGGCAUGGCGGUGUUACAAUGGCCAAUCUACCGUCUUGGGACCUUGGUGAAUGGACUUCUCGGAACAGUUAUAAACAAGAAAGCGCCAAUGGGUCAUCCACAAAAUGA